CUGGACAGAGGUUUAGCAUAAUGAAGUCGACUCUAAAUAUUUUUGUGUCAGUUUUGCUUUUCAAGCUGAUAUUUUUUGGCGGUGCAGAUGCAGAACAGUUGGAAAAAUUAAGUGAGGUCGAAACUCUAGAAGACGAUUCUUUUGAUUAUGAAAAAUUCAAUCAAUCAGCGUAUUACCUAACUGGAGCUGUUCAUAAUUUGCUAAGUUAUGUCAAAGACAGAGAAGAGUUAAUAAAGGACAAGGGUGAAACCAUAAAUAUUUUGAGUGAAAAAAUCAAAGAAAAAGAAGGACAACUCAGAAAUGCUCAAGAUCAAAUGGACUAUAAAGAUGGCGUAAUCCGUGAUCGCAAUAGACAAUUAAAUGAUCAACUGAUAAAUGUAAGGACACUAAAAGAAAUUAUCGAGAAAACCGAAUCCGAGGUACAUAAAAUGAACGAAACUAUUAGGGAUUUACUCAAUCAAAUUGAAGAGAAUAACAAUUUAAGCAAUGACAAAAAUGAAGAAAUCGAAGAUCAGAUUGCACUAGAAGAUGAGCAAGAUGAAGAAAUGGAAACUUUGACACAAAAUGUUGAAGAUUUGGAAGACCUCAUCGAAACUAAAAAUACCGAAAUAAAUGCCAAGGAUAAGCAAAUCGCAUAUCAGGGAAAGCGUAUUGCGGAUUUGCUGGAAAAAUUGGAGACUGAGGCUAACGAAACCUCUUGGUUUACCAUUCAAAAACGCUUCGACGGCUCCGAAAACUUUAACCGAAACUGGGCGGAUUACAAAAGGGGUUUCGGCGAUGCCAGAGGAGAGUUUUUCGUGGGUCUAGACAUAAUUCAUGCCAUGACUAACUCGCGACCUCAUGAACUUUUGGUCAAAGUGAAGGCCCUAAAUGGCACUGGUUACUAUGCCCACUACGAUAAUUUUAAAAUCGGCAACGAACGACAGUCCUUCGAGCUCAAAUCGCUGGGAAAAUACUCGGGUACAGCCGGGGAUUCGUUUGCCAAAACAGGACCAUUGCCCCUGAAGUUCAGCACAGUCGACAGGAAUAAUGUCAGAUGUUCCAGGACCCACGGUGGUGGCUGGUGGUACUACAGGUGUUCAGACAACAUGCUCAACGGCAAGUUCUAUAAGGACGGACACCGGAAUAUAGGAGAGACCUACGGCAUUCACUGGGGAACAAUCCAAAACCACGACUGGUCCAUCUCACUGCCAUUUGCUGAAAUGUUGAUUAGGCCCAAAAGAGCUUAGGAUACAGCAAUAAAAAUAUAUUUUUACAUGAAAAAUAUUUCAGAUCUACUUACUUUUAGAGCCCAUGGUUUAAAAAAAAACGUUGUAUAUGUUCAAAAUGUAAUUAAUUUUUAUUUACCCUUAUUGUAUUAUUAUUGAAAAUAAUAUUUAGCACGUCAUUUUAUACUUUCAUUAUACAUAAAUGGCAUAACAUUUUUCUUAUGUC